AUGGCAACACCAAACUCCAACAAUCCCCGGCCAGCCCGGCCGGUUUUGAAACAGAGACUCUCCAGCGCUUCUUUUCUCCAAGACCAUGAACAGUACAAGGCACCAGUUUUUCAGAACCUGGGGGAUGUUCUUCGCCAACCUGGUGAUACGCUUAGUACUCCGCUCGUUCUGAACAGCAAUCCUAUCAAGCCUAAUCCAGAAAAGGUUGCCGAUAGCGGCAUUGUCCACAGUAUCUUUAACCAUGAGGCGAGUGAUCUUCCACCAGGGACUCCAAAGUUGGUCGCAACUAUCUUCUACAAGUCUUCGAGUCCUAUUAAUCCAUAUGUCCAUCCCGAUAUAUCAUUACAAGCGAAUCCAGGGGAUAAACUCCCGCCUCCCGUGGUACCGGAAGGCUCGGCUCCUACUGUUGACAUGGAGAAAAUCCCACGGGAACCCCCGGCGCCAGAACCGGAGCCGCUAGAUCAUCUUUAUGGACGGUUUGUCUCCCAAUUGUGCCUGGCAAGUUUUCUCCAGACCUUAGAGUCCCUUUCGACUCCUUAUCAAAGGACAUACACAUCCCAUCGUUGUCUAGAUCAGGAGGCGCAACCUCGGGUCGUUGAAGUUACAUUUUGGCCUCCUCCAAAUCCAGAGUACUUGACCUUUGCAGAUCUUCAGAAACAUGAAAGCAUUUGGAGAUUUGAGCGGGAAUGGAAUGUAGAGGUCGUUUUUCAGAGAGAGAGCGUGUUCCGCCGGUUCAAACGGCUGGCAGUGUUCGAUAUGGAUAGCACUCUGAUCCAGAAUGAAGUCAUUGAUGAGAUUGCCAAAUUUGUCGGAGUGGAAAAAGAGGUUUCUGAAAUCACAGCUCGUGCUAUGAACGGUGAACUUGAUUUCUCGGCAUCUCUCAAGGCACGUGUUAGCCUACUAAAAGGAGUUCCUGCGGAUGUCUUCGAUCGACUUAAGUCGAUUGUUACCAUCUCUCCUGGAGCUCGGGAAUUAUGUAGCGCUCUGAAAGUGCUUGGUUUCAAGCUUGCCGUUUUGAGCGGAGGCUUCCAGCCUCUUACGGAAUGGCUGGCAAAGGAGCUUGGAAUUGAUUAUGCUUUUGCCAAUCAUCUCGAGGUUGAUCCAAUAACACAAACUCUGACCGGUAACCUUCUGCCCACGUUCCCUAUUAUCGAUGCAGCCCAGAAGCGCGCCCUUCUUCGGUCUAUUGCUGCCGAAAAUUCAAUUUCGAUCUCACAGACAAUGUCCGUUGGUGACGGUGCCAACGACCUUCUCAUGCUCAACACCGCGGGACUAGGGGUUGCGUGGCAUGCCAAGAGCAAAGUGCAGCUUGAGGCACCGACCCGCCUGAACGGACCAAGCCUUGUCGAUAUUCUUUACCUUCUCGGGUUAACAAAGGAUGAAAUUGAGGAGUUGACAGCUGUUGCAGAUUCAAAGAAGAUAUAA